AUGGCGGUUCAUCUCCGUCUCCAUGUGCAUCUCCGAGCGAGAACAAUAUCAUCGCUCGCUCCCUCCCCAUCGCUCAGCGACGUCGUCAACGACCUCUGCCGCAUCCUCAGCGAUCGCCGCGCAGCGCACCACGAACUCGAGCCCGCCCUCCUCCCCUUCUCGUCCCAUCUCUCCUCCGACCUCGUCGACCACGUCCUUCGCCGCUGCCUCAACCUUCCCCUUUCCUCCCACCGCUUCUAUCUUUGGGCUCUCCGCCACCCUUCCUUCCGCCCUUCGCCGCACUCUCUGUCGAUCCUCGCCUCCUCUCUCCUCUCCUCUCGUCUCUACCCUCUCCUCUGGUCCCUUCUCUCCGACCUUCCCCAUUCUCCCGAUCCCAAGAUCUUCCACCUCUUCUUCCGCUCCUACGCCAGCGCCGGCCUCGCCUCAGAUGCCAUCCGUGCCUUCUCCAACAUGCCCAGGUUCGGUGUCUCCCCAACUCUCCACGACCUCCACUUCCUCUUCCUCUCAUUGUGCCGCUACAAGCUCGUUGCCGACGCACAAGCCUUCUUCGAUAAGGUAAAAACCGAUUUUUCAGUCACCCAGAAAACCUACUCCAUUCUCAUGAAUGGCUGGGCCAAGGUUGAGGAUUCCAAGAUGGCACUCAAUUUGUUCGAUGAAAUGCGGAACAGAGGCCUCCAGGUUGAUGUGGCCGCGUAUAACACUCUUUUAGCAGCACUUUGUAGUGGAAAAAGAGUUAGUGAAGCUUAUGAUCGCUUGCUAGAGAUGCAGAAAGUGUAUGGCCUUGAGCCGGAUGCCGCAAGCUAUUCUGUGUUCAUUCGCACUGCUUGUGAUGCCAAGGAGUUGGGCACCACGGUGAAAUUGCUUGAUAGAAUGAAAAGAUACAAUCUUGCGCCAAAUAUGUAUACUUAUAAUUGUGUUCUCAGGCUGUUCUGUGAAAUGGAGAAGAUUGAUGAUGCCUAUGAGUUGCUUGAUGAAAUGCUUGAAAGAGGAGUGAAGCCAGAUGUUUGGAGUUAUAAUGCAGUGUUGGCAGUGCAUUGCAAACUUAAGGAGGUUAAUAAGGCAUUGCGGCUGUUCUCUAGGAUGGAUAGGGAUUCUUGUUUGCCGGAAAGGCAUGCAUAUAACAUGUUGCUGAAGAUGCUCGUCGGUGUUGGAAGGGUAGAUAGAGCGAUGGAGGUUUGGGAUGGAAUGGAGAAGAGGGGAUUUUAUCCAGCAGCUCCAAGUUAUUCAGUGAUGAUUCAUGGGUUGUGUAGGAAGAAGGGGGGCAUUGAGCAUGCAUGUAGGUACUUUGAGAUGAUGGUGGAGGAGGGUAUACCACCAUAUCAGAGUACUUGUGAACUUUUGAAAGACCAAUUGUUGCAUCUUGGAUUGAAAGAGAAGGUUGAUAUACUCUUUGAUAAGAUGCAGCGGAGCUCAUCAUGCACGAUACAAGAGCUUUCUAGUUCCAUGGAUAGAAAAAAGAAGGCUUAUCAAGACCGAAAGGAGAUAGAAGAGUGCACAGUCCAUCACCACCAAUCAGUCAUCCGCAAGUUGAAUCCAUUUGGCAGCUCCAAAAUAUUCAGUGAUGUUUCAUGUGAUGUGCCGGAAGAAAAGGGGCCUGCUAGCCUGGAGGAGGCAGUAUCCGCUGCGUUAGUGGUGAAGGGUAUAUUGUUGUAUCGGUGUUUUUAUGAAUUGUCAAGAGGAUUGAUGUUGUGCCUUGGAUUGAAAGAGAGAUCGAAAUAUGCUUUGAUAAGAUGCAGUGGAGCACACCAUGCAUACAUGAGUGCCAUGGGCGCCAUGGGUAGAAGUAAGAAGGUGAAUCAGGCUCAAAAGGAGAUGGAAGAUCUGGCAUUGUAG